CGUUUACAUAUUUAACUGUCGCGGUUUCGAGGUUUACCUUUUUCUUAACGGAGCGUUGAUUCGUGCUGUUCUGAAUGGAGUGUCUCGGAGUAUCAUCUGCUCAGAACCUACAGGCUCUGUCUGCCUUAUUAUCAGCUCAGCAGGAUGAUGAUGACGAUGAUGAAGAAAGCAAAAAUGUGACAGCCUUUGCACAGCUGGGUCCUGGACACAUUGGCCCUCCACCCAAAAAAGAUAAAGAAGUGUUAACUGCCUUUGAGAAGAAGAACAGCAAAGACAUCUGGAGCGAGGAAGAGGUGGCUGAGGGCUCCCAGUACGAUGAUCUGGCUGACACACGGCCACAGCCUGAGUAUGAAGUAAUCCUGAAGCAGAGUGUGGGGACAGAGGAUCUCUUCCUGGGCUUGAGUGGAAAGGACCCCUCCUCCAUGUGCUGCGAAGCCAUGCUGGUGAAAAUCAAACUGCCAGACACCAAAGCAACAGAUGUGGUCCUGGAUGUAAAAGAGAAGUUCCUUGAUCUACGGACACCAAAAUAUAAACUGGGUCUCCAUCUCCCGCAUCCCAUCCACCGCCAGGAGGGCAAGGCUCAGUUCUUCAGUGAGAGAGACGAACUGGAGGUGACUCUGUUACUGAAACGCUCCAUGGAUUUUAUCAACAUGCAAUAAGACAACAGUAUUCAAAGGAAAUAGAAAACAGUGGAGAUCAUACAUACUGCCUUGUUUAUGGGUUAAGGAAAAAAGGGAUAGAUAGAGAAAUGAUCAGUACAAAGCCUGAGUAUUUCCUGAAAUUCAUCUUAUGUGAGCACAUGUUAAUACUACAUGUGUCACAGCUGAUUCUUUGAGUAUAGAGAUAUGUUUUUUUAAUAAAUAUUUGUCUUUUUAUGUGAUUAGAUAAUACAUACAGAUCAUUUUUUAAUUUUUUACUAAACAUAAUUGAAAUCACAGCCAUACUGACCUGCAAGGGGGCCAUGGGGCAGAAAUGAGC